GGUGCAAAACAAAAUACCACAAAAUACCACAUUAAGGCACCAUUGACUGCCCUACGGGCACUUUCCCCUGACAUCCCCCUUCAGAGCUGGCUCAGGGCAGGGAUCUCGCAAGUAUCUCAACUUCUUGAUAACCGAGAAGUUAUACCUUUUCCAGAGUUGCAAACAAAGUGGAAUCUCCCUCCUCAUACCGUGUUCUAUCAAUUUACAACUCAAGGGGCUUAUCUACUCACAGGUACAGCUCCAACAACCCAUAUUGUUCCAAGACCCGCUUCCAAAACAGUUAGUCAUAGACAGAUGCUGGUCGGCUCCUACAAUACCGAAGGCUAUAUCUCUAUGUUAUAG